AUAUGUAUCGCGUGUUGAUUACGAGAAGAUGCCUAAGAGCAAACCUCCCAUACAUAGUUAUUUGGUUCAUCUUGCGACCGUAGCCUCCAUGUCGCAUUUUCAUCUUUGCUUCACCGUCUCGUCGCCCAACAGCACGUUCAGCAUCAACUCUCCUCACCAUGGCUGGACUUCAAGGCGGACCCUGGAGAAAUCAGCUCUCCAACGCCCUCAAUGCCGUGGCCAUCCUUGGCGGCGUCAUCGCGACCCUGUUGGCGCUCAUUGUAUUCACCGCUGGUACCAGCCGCAGCGGUGACCACCUAAUUCUGAAGGACCUGGCGUUUGUCUCGUUUGAUGGAAUCAUUGCCAACAACGAUUCUUCCGAGUUCCUGGUCCACCUACACUGGUUCGUCAACUCGUUUUCGUGGGAAUACCCCACAGCUCCAGAGGGAAUACCAAAGGCUGGCUUUGCAUCCAGAGGCCUUCAUUUCUCCUCCAACAUUGGCUCCGACCUCCGAAAGAUCGCCGCAGAUCUUGAGCUUCCCCAGAAAAGCUACGACUGCCCCAGCCCCGGUCCCUACGGAAAGCCCUGCGAAAACGUCUUCUUCGAAGCAUGGCGCUCAUUCGCCACCGUCAACGGCCUCCCUGUCUUCGGCUGGCUAACCUGGAUCAUGGUAUUCUCCGCCAUCGUGAUGUGCACCCUGGUUAUUGCCCAGGAAUGGAUGAUCCGGAAACGGCCCUACUGGAUGAGGUGCCGAUGCUUGAUUGGGAAACGAUUCUGCCCAAGCCCGACUGGCACCAGGGAGGAGAUUGAGCAGCUCGAUGACCACGCGUGGGACAAGGUUCGUCUGGCCUACUGGGGCCUGACGGCAGCAUACUUUGCGCUCCCAGCGGUCCAAGGCACGCUCACCUCUAUAUUCCUUCCGCAUUUCAUCGGCUACAUGGAAGAGCGACUGCCAGAGGGUAUCAGCAUGAACGUCAAGAGGAAUAUGACGGGUGAAAUGAUGCUGUGGGGCGCCUACGUCGCGAGCCAAGUCAGCGCGCUCUGCAUUGCGGUCAAGUGGCUGUUGAGCAGACGUCCCAAGGGAUGGAUGGACGGGCAGAGUCUGGGCGACUUGGAGCGGUCAUCAGGGGAUGAGCCUGAUGAGACUAUUCCGUCUGCACGGGGAGAGGCUGAUAGUAACGCGAGGUACACUGACUAGGUAGGGCUUGAACAAAUAUUGCAUGUAGAUACUCAAAAUAAUACAAGGCAUGUAAAACUGAGAUGUCCAUCAUUACCACCCAUGGGAUUUAGCCCAAUUAGCAUGCCCUGCCCU